GCAAUCCGACAUAAUUCGUCGGUCUUCUUGAUUUCAUUAGCAAGAGGGGAGAGGGUGUCGUCUUCCUAGGGAAGCCGCACGCGCAAAGCGUGUGGGAACUUAUGAAGGCACGUUGUCGCGAUGGAAUGGAACUCCGACUUGUUGCAAUUCACGAUGCAACUCGUCAAAAGUGAGGUCAAUUCGGGGGCCGACAAUUGCGAGUUCAUGGUUUGGAAGGCAACACGGGAUCGGGUGUGGAGCAACAAGACGGAUAUGUGGUUCAAGUUGAAUGAGAGGAAGAGGAACAAGAUAUACGACUUCUUGUUUCUGCAAACGCAGCCGAGGAAGAACACUUACGCCGAGUACGUCCGCGACAAGGACCACAUGUUGGCGUUGCUCGACAACCACCACUUUGCCUCCCGCAUGAACGCGAAGACCUUCCUCGAAAGGCUGCAAUCCCUGUACUUCGUCAAGUCCAAGAAGGAGUUGAAGUUCAGCAGUUAUGCUUCCUUGAUCUGCACUGACGACGAGUCAACCACCGGUGUCGAGUUCGGCGCCAACGCGAAGGAGGAGGAGAGCGACACCGAGAGCCUCGACCUGCAGUAUGACGCACCUUUGGCGGAGCACGCCCGAGGGUCCUCGUCGGUCGGUCCGUCAACAAGCCCCACACCCCUCGUGUUGCUGAUGGCCAAACCGACGUCGGGCGCUACGCUGAUGAAGUUGUUGGAGAGACUGAAAGCUCUAGCUGUCCCCCAACGCGCAUUGCGUCCCGGGUCCAACGUCUCGCCCGAUCAUCCAUCUUGGAAGGAUGACAACAUUCACUUCCUUCUUGAGCCACAAAGUCAUUCGCCUGAGGUGGACUGGGGCCAUGGCAUGAUCUGGCAUCCAAGAGUCAUCCAGCCCGCGACACAAAAGGGCGAGUGGAUCAUGGCCGUCGUAGUCCCGGGCGCAGGAUGGGUGUCCAUCCCUGGCGAGUCGAAGUCCACUUUCCUCCACCUCGCGAGGAUUUCGGUCCUCCAAAAAGUGAGGGUCGAAAAUGACACGUUUGCACCCGACGACUUAUCCGUCGUUUCCACAGUCGGGCGACUGUUCGACGAGCUUCAGGACAAGUGCUGGUUGGAACUGACGGAGGACUGCUACGAGGUCGACACGAGCCCGUCGAAGGGCAUGGUGGACUGGAAAGUGCCCCCUCCCAGUGGGGCGCACGGGAGUUCCGGGGGGGGGGCACCAGGCGGUGGAGGGACGGGGUUGGUAGUGCGGGGGGUGGCAAAGGAGUCCCACCUAGUGGGGAGGGCGGGUCUCACGAUGGCACCACGACAUCGGGAGGCAGCGGUGGGGUGGCGGGUUUUGCCGUCGAUCGACAUCCGUCUAUUGGCCCCAGGGCGGAGCAUGCGACGCAGUCCGUCGACCUCCCGACUUCAUCCGCCGGCUCAGCGAGGGAGACGAUGGCAGCCUUGGUUGCUCUCGGAUCCCACAAUUGGCAGCGGUGCGGUGAGGGACGGGAAUGUGUCGCCUGAGCGGGGAAGACGGCCACUAGGAUUGGAGCGAGAGGCUACAAGAGCAGCGUCCGGCGACACGGAGACGACGAAGUCCGCCAAGAUCCGAACUUCUUUAGGCGGGGGGGUUCGGCCAGGGAUUGUCGUGCCGCCGGGAGGGGCAGCAUGCACGCAGACAGAAGGAGCUGAAUUGCAUGAAAGGGAAGGAGGGGAGGAAAUGGAGGAAGGGAAGGAAGGGGAAGAAGGGGAGGAAGAAGGGGAAGCAGGGGACGAAGGAGAGGAAGGGGGAGAAACGAAGCUGAUUGAAUUCCUUGAAGGAAGAGAGGGUGCCGAAGGGGACGUGGGUAUUGGAGACGACGAAGGGGAGGACAGUGAGGACGAUGCCGGAUCUGUAAAGUCGUCUGACAAGUUCGGACAAUUGUACGGAGAGCAUCGUGAGGAUAAUGUCGACGACGAUGCCACAACAAUGGAGAUGGAAACACAGGUGGUUAGCAAGUUCUGCAGAGCCUGAAGACUAUGAGGUCCAACCACUCACGUUCGUCAUCGAUCUGCAACACCGGU